AUGGACCUCUACACCACCUCGUUCACCUUCAAGCGCACGCCCUCCAGUGCACACCGGUCGCCGUCCCCGCCGCGAGCCCCAUCCCAAGGCAAGCCCGGCGCUGCUGCCAGCCCGACCCACUCGCACGGCCUAGGGCCGCAGGACGCCGCCCAGGCUGAGCGCGAAUGGGAGGAGGUGCAAAAGUUGUGCAACGACAUUACUGCGCGGGAAGGGUGUCUGGUCACUGUCACGCGCGAGUCUGCCGCUGCCGAGGGCCAGACGGACGAGGUGCCGGGCCUCGGACCGUCCGUGUUCAACUUUCACAUCUCGGGCGGAUAUCAGGCCGUCAUGGGUGCGCGUGGUGCCCUGUUGCGCGAGACGCCGCGCGACAACCGCACGACGCUCAAGGUCGCCCGCUCCGACAUUCUCGAAAAGCCCCUCGCGCCAAUGUCGCCCCUCAAGGCAGACGUAAAGCACCGUCUUGACGAGAUUGCCUCGGACACUCGCGCACACAUUGCUGUGCUCAACACUGAGAUCCCGGGCUCGGCUGGCGCGAGCGGCGCCGUGCUGGCCACGUCCGACCCCGACGCGGCCAAGGACGAGCAGCAGCCAUCGCCAGAGUCGACCGAGCAGCCGUCGCCUGUUGACGCAGCCGCCAACGGCACGCCUUCAGUGCCUUCCUACAGCCUCGAGACUGAGCGCAUGUGCGAGCUGGUCAUCACUGGCUCGGUCGAGAGCAUUGAACUCGCCAAGGUCCGACUCUUAGUCGUGCUGGAUGAGCUCUCGGGUCUGCACUCCGAGGCAUGUGAUAUCGAUUACAAGCUCCAUGCGAUUAUCGCCGGGCGUAAGCGAUCUGUCAUCCAGUCGAUCCAGGAGGAGACGGCGACGAACAUUUACUUCCCCACGCCACUGGUUGGCGUCCUCAACCCCCCGCAGCCUGGGUCCCAACAGGGCGUAGGCUACAACCGUGUCAAUGUCGGGUACGGAGCCCAGGGUGUGGCGCCGCGUAUGGGCGGUAUCAACUACGCCAGCGGCAUGGGCAUGGGUAUGCCUGCCGUUCCCCCCCCGCACACCCCGCAUGGCCCGCCGCCCCCGCAGCGUGGCUCAAACCAGCCAGUCUACAACCCUCAGCAGCACGUCCACUACCCGUACUCGCCCCAGCCGCUGCAUAUCAACCCCCAGACCACGCGCGGCAUGCCGUACACUGGUCCUGGCGUUCAGCAGUGGUCGAUGCCGACCGGGCCUGCCGGUCCCCACGGUGGACCUCAUGGCGCCCCCCACCCCGGCCCUCACGGCCACGGCCCGCACGCGCCUCACGGCCCCCCUCCCCACCAGCAGGGCCCGAUUCAGAUGACCCCCACAGGCAUGUCAGGCAUGAGCCAGAUGGGCAACGGUCACGGCGGACCAGGCUUUGGUAACCGUGCCAUGGGGUCUCCUAUGGGCCAGCCGAUGGGCCAGCCAAUGAUUGGCAUGUCGCCCAUGGGCUUUGGUCAGAGCCACAUGCACGUCUCGAUGGGCACCGCGCCCAUGGGCGGUAUGCCUCUCGGCCCCGGCGAGAUGGGAAUGGGACAGUUCGGCCAGGGCCCUCACCCCGGCCUCUCGGUCCACUCUGGCGAGCAGGGCAUGCUCGGCAAGGCCAGCCAGAUCUGGAUCACUGGCGAGUUCUUUGGCGUCCAGCGCGCCAGAGACAUGCUGCUUACUGUCGCGGUGCAAAAGAGCAAGCUGGUCAUCUCCCGCGACACUGCCAUUCUCCCCCGCAAGCUCGACUGGCUGUUAUCUGAGCGUAUUGACGACAUUCGCAACAUCAUGUGCGACAACGGCACCUACAUCCAGGUGCCAUCAGUCGGCUCCCAGGCCUCCCUGAUCACGGUCUUUGGUGACCACAGAGUCAACAUUGAGCGCACCAUUCGGAGCGUAAUGGCUCUCGCUUGCCAGUUCUACGUUGCCAGCUUCUGGCUGUUGCCCGUGUCAUUCGACGUCCUCAUGCCCCAGGCGACGCUCAACCCACCUCAAAUGCAGCCCAUUCUGAAGCGCAUCUCGCACGCUACCGGCGCUGAGGUCGUCUUCAAGAGCAACUGCUUCGAAAUGCACGGCCUUGAGAAGGAGGUCCAAGCUGCCGUGGUCAAGGUCCUCGAGCUUGACGUCAUCAAGUCGUUCCACCACGAGAUCCGUUUCCAGAUUGAGCUCGCCAACGAGCACCGCGAGUUCAUCUCGGGCAAGAAGAAUGGCAAGAUCAACAAGAUUAUGAAGGUCUGCGGCGUUCGCAUCAAGUUUGAGACCUUCAACGACUACAACUUCCUCAUGGACAUCUCUGGCCAGGACAUGGCCGCACUGCAAGGCUUGUCGAUGCUCCAGGAAGAGCUGCCUGCCGAAGUGUCGUUCCAUGUCCCCGAAGGCUACCACAAGCGCAUCAUCGGCGUCGGCGGCAAGAACAUCCAGCGCAUCAUGAAGAUGUACGGCGUGUACGUCAAGUUCUCCAACGCGGAAGAAUUUGCCCAGCUCGGCGGAUACCUCGACAACGAGGACAAUGUCGUUGCGCGCACGCCGGCAAAGAAUGCCAUCGCCCUCGAGUCGCUCAAGGCCGCUGUCAUGGAGCUAGUUAGCCCUAAGGACAAGGACUACACCAUCGACAGUGUCAACAUCCCCCGCCGUUACCACCGCACUCUUCUCGGCGAGAAGAGCAUCUUUAUCCACGAUAUUGAGCGCAAGACCAACUCGACUGUCCGCUUCCCUAACAAGGAGACGGCGUCGGACACGGUCACAAUCUUUGGUCCCGAGAGCCAGGUGCACAUUGCCGUUGCCAUGCUGCUCGACCACGUCCCCUUCGAGGCGGACCUGCACGUCCCACCCAGCGCCGAGCUCACGCGCCUGGUGACGUCGACCGAGUUUGUUCUCUUCACCGAGCGCAUCAAGCGCGACCACCAGAUUGCCAUCUCGCCCUCGCCCAGAUUCGGCCAGGGUGACGAGGCCAUCUUCAAGUUCCGCUGCCAGCGCAGCAGCAUCGACUUUUUGAGCACUGUCCACGAUUCGCUCGAAGAGUUCCUCGCAAAGCACAACUUGCAAGUCUACCUCCCGAAUGCCCAGAAGCGCGUCGACUCGUUUGCCGACGCCUUCUCACACUUUGACUCCAAGCUGUUGUCUACCAGCAAGGCGGACGGUACCGACGGCGACUCGCGCCCCAACCGCCGCCCCCAGGUGUCCCCUACCAAUGUCAAGGCGCUGUUUGACGGCUCGGCUCCCGCUUCGGCGUCGUCAAACGUCCCCACCACGCCGUACGGUGACAACAACCUUGGGUUCGCUGGCCCCCUGGCCUUCAAUGUGCCCGACUACUGGCAGCCAGCUGCUCCCGGCGCGCCUCCAGCAGCCCCUGGUGGGCCCUCGGCUCCCGGCGGUCCCAACGAGCUCUCGAAGCGCGGUUCCGACUCGACGCUGGAAGAGAAGCUGCGCAACAGCGGCGGCUCGGUGCACCCGACCCCGCACCACACUCCAGGCCACGCGCACGCCUUGUCCCAUAGCCACGCACACCCGUCGCGCGCUGUCGGCACCCGGACCCAGAGCUUAGACAUCACGCAGCUCAACUUUGCCCGUGCGCUUGGAGGCCCGCAGGCAAGCUUCGCGCCUGUGCCCCCGAGCCCGACCACCACGAGCUCGCCCAACACGGCCACUGGCACCUACUUCCCGCCAGCCAACGCCAACAACCAGCGGUUCAACUCGUCGACCGUCGACGGCGUGACCCAAGGCUUGGCGAAUGUGCAGGUCUCGCACUCGUAAACUGUCUCGAUUACUGUACCCUCAGCGAUACCUCUCAUCGGAUUCUCCUCAUUUGAUGCCCUGUCGCCCUCGUACCCACACUCAUUCGACUACCCUGCACACCCCGACACCAUCUGCAAAUCUAGCCAUCUCCAUCAACCUCUACCAUUACUACCCUGCACCACGCUCACCCCGAAAAACAUCACUACCCGCCCGCUUUCUCUUGCGCCAGCCCCAACCGACCAAAAAACCUGCCACUCCGUACAGCUGCUCAGCCCACAAAACUCAAUGUGGCUGUUGAGGCGAUGCAUUUCUGACGUGUACAAACAGUCUAGCGUGGUCUAGAUCGACGAGAGGGGGUUGGAUUGUACAGGGCGCCCCGGGUCGCCAUGAUUGAAUGAGAGUGUAACUAAUGUGAUGGAUGCUCAAGCUACUCUUCCUUGCCUUCGGCCUCCUUCUCCUUCUUCUUAUUGUUGUUGUUGUCUGAUGCAGUAGGUGUAGGGUUCUUGGGGAACCACUUGUUUGUAAUCUUGCCGAGGAUAUUGACGGCGCCUCCGUCCUGGAUAUCCUUGACCAUGCGCUCGACCAUGCGCUUGUGCACGCCCUCGGAGAGGACGUCCUUGUUGGCGUGGGCGACGCGGAACGGCGCGCCAAACACCUUCUCGACGUUGGCAGGCAGGUUGACGAUUGGCCCAAAGACGGACAAGAGCGGCACGUGGACCAUGCGCCCGUUCUCGGCCCAGUCGAGCCACUCAAACCCGCCCGUGCUCUUACGCGCCAGGUCGGCCGGCGCGUGCCGGCUCAGCGGGCCAAAGUCGUAGAUGCCGUCGUCGCCCUCCAGCUCCUCCUGGUAUCGACCGACGACGCCCUCAGUCGUGCCCUUGACGUAGACGAUCGAGUAUGGGCUGAUGCCGACACGCAGCGCCUCGAACGGCGCGCGGACGGCGUCGGCCAGCGUCCACGCCGGCGAAGGGGUUGGUUUGCCGUCUGGCGUCGAGCCGCCGCGUAGCCGCGCGAGUGCGUCGCUCUGCGUCGUCUGCACCGCCACCCGCUUGCGCAGACACCACAUGCGGCACAUUGCCGGCGCGUCAGCCUGCUGCGAGCACCACGUGAGGCACUUCUCCUUCGGAGGAGUCACGGCUGGCACGGCGUGUCGUGCUGGCGCCGCGAGGUGGAAUGAGGCGGGAGGGGCGGCCAGCUGCUCGACCGGCUCGGAGGAGCUAGGCGUCGAGGAGAUGGAGGACGACUCGCUUUGCUUGGAAGCAAGGGCCGAUACAGUUGACGGGCGUGGCCCGGCCGCGUCGGCGAUCAGCCGCGCCGUCAAGGCCGCGCGCCCCUCGACCUCCUCUGCCAAGGCUUUGCGCACCUUGGCGGCCUCCUCGUCGGAUCCCAACGGCUGGGACAUGAUGGGGAGGGCAACAGGCUUGCCAUCGUUGUCCACUUGGACGGGAACCCAGGUGAACGUUUUCGGUAGGUCGCCCGGCUUCAGCGACUUCUGUAUCGAUACGUUAACUCCCGAGCCUCGGUUGAGGGACGAGGUGACCAUCUGGCUGAGAUUGGCUGCGUGCUUGCCGACAGAGUCGGGUAUGCGUGGAGUGCCAACAACCUUGCCAUCGGGGCCGAUGGGCACGGGAAUAAACGUUUUAUUGCCGUUAGGUUUGACGGCCAUAGCCUGGGCAACGAUCGGGGGCGGGGGCACGGUGGAGUCCACAGCGGCAGUCGGACCGAAGGCGCCCGUCGACACGACGCCGCCACCGGCUUUGGCAAAUGUUGCAGCGGCGGCCGAGUCGGACGGUGGCGGCGGACGCGCCCGCCCGAUCUUGCGCACGUCCUCGAGUAGACCAGCGGUGAGCUGCGAAGCUUGGUCCUGCGGGACGUUGGGUGGCAGUCGCGGUUGGCCAACUGGCUGGCCAUCAGGGCCCACAGGGACGGGCACGUAGUGAAUCACCUCGUCAACUUUGUGACUCAAGCCGUUUCUCUGAACCGCUUCAUGGCAAAGGCGCACGGAAGUCGGUCCGCGCGUCCGAAUGGCUCGAAGCAGUUCCGCAGAAUGGUGCACCGCCGUGUUAUUCGGCUGCUGCGCAACGGUGGGAGCUACGCCGAUCUGGUUGACGGGGAUGCCCAACUCGUUGACGGGGACCGCGAUCCAGUGGUGCCGUUCUUCAUGGUCUGACUUUGCGCCAUUCGGAUAGUAUGGGAUCGAGGCCCAGCCAGGACGCGAAGGGAGCAAAGACAUGUCACCUUGCUUCGACGGUGCCAAGUCCGUACUGCCCUCGGGCUGGCGGCGGCCAAACGCCUUGAUCAGUGCGGCGUUGAACUGCCUCGCGUCCGCGGCGUCGGCGGGCCGGAGGGAUCCAACGCCCUCCGGAUCCCUCGGCAGUCCAUUCCUGUCCACGGGCACGAGAACGAAUUUUAGCAGGUCGUCUGCCUCGGACCACACGGCGGUGCUGUUCUUGGCGUGGACACGGGAAGCAGCCCAGGCGACGUUUGCCUUGAUGGUCGCUGCCACGUCGGGGGGUGUGCCCGGUGGCAAGAAGAUCUCGCCAACGUCGCCGUUGGUGCCAAUGGGUACGGGCACAUAGUGCACUUGGCGCUGUGGCUCUGCGACGGAGAGGUGCAUGUCACCGUCGCUCGCGGAGGGCAGGCGUGAUGGCACCUGCACACCCUGCGGAGUAGGAAGGGCGAGGAACCGCAGGUUGAUCUUCGGCACGACAUAGCUGUACCCCUUGACGCUCGAGUCUUUGAGAAUGUCUAGUGCGGUGAAGUGCUCGAUAGGCCGUGUUGGUGGCAACUUGGCGGCGAGGACGUCGGCUGCCGUCGGAGGCUGCGUCGGCAACGGUGGCGGUGCGCUGCCGCUUGCUGGCGGCGGCAAGUCUUCUGGCGGUAUGGCCAUUGUAAGAGUGUCGUGAGCGCGAUUGCGCGGGUCGUGAAAUGCGUCUGUCUAUAUGAGAUGAAGAAGAAAAGGAAGGCGGAGUGAUGGGGGG